AUUUGACGGGUGUCAGCAGCUCCCUGGUAGCGGAAGUAGAAUGUGUGGUGUUUUGAAGCUGGUGUAUAAAUGUUGAGUAAUAAACUGUUUAUAUGAUUUUAUUUGUAAUUUAGUAGAGUUUAGAGAGUUUAAUAAACUACAGCAGCUUUAUUAUGGGCUCUAAGCGACCCGCAGCUCCUCAGAGUAACCCCAGUACUGAUUAUACUCAGAGUAUAGAGGAUGACCCGCUGAUGGACGGGCCGCUCAUAUCUCAGGAUGCUCUGGAGUCGGCCAUCAGGAGAGAGUUCCAGAAACUUCCCACAGCCUGGAUCACCGGAUUACUGACUGCAGCACACGUUGCGUAUGUGAGCGUGAGCGUGGUGCUGGCGGUUCUGUGCUGGUUGGCGGAGGAUCACUCGGAGCAGUGUAACGCAGUGCUGAACGGGGUGGACUCUCAGACCGUGGUGCUGCUGGGGAAGGUGGGGCUGUGGCUGCUGGUGUUCGGGUUCGAGUGGUGUGUGAACCACCACCACACUACAGCCAGGAGGAGAGGAUACCUGCAGUUCUACAGAGCCAAUCAGGACCUCAAACGCCUGCCCCUGUUCAUACACUCUGCAGGUAAUGCGGCGCUGCUGGUGGUGAUUGGCCCCGCCCCCCUGCUGGACAAGAAAGUGAAGAAUCUCUCUGUUUAUCUCCUGCUGUGCAUCAUCUGUCUGGAGCUGCUCUUCACUCUCAUAUGCCUGAUCGUAUACACAGUGCGGGUUGCCAGGUUUAAUUCUCAGAGGCCGGGACCAGAUAUCAACGAAGAGGAGAAAUCUCACGCCUACUCCAACAACAUCAGCGGCACCCACGCCCACACAGAGACCGGCUUCAGGGAUGGCUCCAGUCUGGAGGAAGUGGUGGAGAAGCAGGCGGAUCUGAUCGAGUACCUGAAGCAGCAUAACACCCUCCUGAGCAGGAGAAUCCUCAGCCUGACAUCCCAGCAGAUCCGAGACUGACGCAGUGGGGGGGAGGCGGAACCUGAGCCGUUCCUGUGCUUGAUCACGCUUUUAAACGAAAGUGUGUGUGUGUCUGUGUGUGUGUGUGUGUCUGUGUGUGUGUGUGUGUGUGUGUGAUGGAUGCGGCUGAAUGAUCAGAGGGAUUUUAAUGGAGAAAGAACCUCGGAAACCCCUCCUUAAAGCUUUACGUUGCUGCAGCAACAAGCUCUGUAAAGACAAUGGACACCAAGUAGAAACAAAGGGAGGGUGGGGGGUGUAUUUGGAUGUUUGGUUGGUGGUGGGUUUAGGCUCGGGGGAGCUGUUGUAAAUAUUCACACACUCGUGUUGACCGUUUACUGCUAUGCUAAAACCAAUGAUGGUCCUGUAGCCAAGUUAAUGCUGACCUUAACGGAAGGGUUCCAAUUUCCCCCACUCACCCCAGCUGUGACCAGCGACGUUUGGUGUUUAAACACUGUGUUCAGACUGCAACCCAAAUCUAUCGGUUAGUUUUUGGCACCUAUAUUGUAUCCAGAUUGAUGUUAUAUAUGCUGAACAGCCAGGAGCCACGUCAAAUCAGAUUUUAGCAAAGUGGUAUCCAAUCUACCAUAUAACAACGUCAUUAAAGCCAUUAAAGUGUAAGGGAAAUGUUACCAUAGAUACCUCAGCAACCCAUGCAUCUACCACAGCUACUCACGCAGAUACCACAGCGAACCUACCAAUGCAGAUACCACAGCAAUCUAACCCAUGCAGAUACCAUAGCAAACCACACAGAUAUCUCAGCAACCCAACCCAUGCAGAUACCACAGUUACCUGACCCAUGCAGAUACCACAGCAACCUGACCCAUGCAGAUACCACAGUGGACCCAAUCCAUGCAGAUACCACAGCAACCCGACCCACGCAGAUACCACAGCGACCCAAACAGAUACCAUACUGUUUCUUGCAAUAAUGCAAAUAACAGUGCAGACAGUCUUAACAGAUCUGAUUUACCUGCAGUCUGAACACAGCCACAUAUGGUUCUUUGGUGUCAAAUUUUUGCUUUUUUUCGUUUAGCACCAGUUUGCACACUUGUGCUAUGAGGGUGAUGUCACCAACAAACACUACAAGAUUCACGAUUUACUUAUACAGCCUCUUAAAUCUGGAAUAAUGACUUCUAGGUGUAGCGACUGUUAGCUAUGUUAGCAUAGCGGUGGGUACAAAUGGAUGGAAUGUUCUAUUUCUAAAGUUGUGCGGGACCAAUGAAAAUUUUCACAUCAAACUAAAGUUCUUCAGAUCUAGAUCUAGAUCUCUACUAUAGUUCUUCUGUGGCAUUGCUAAAAGAACCAUGUGAAGCACCUUCAUUUUUAAGUGUAAAGUUUGGACACCAAACCUGUGCUGGGUUGGAUGAUCUGGAUGAUAUUUGGAUGACUGUGGAUGAUCUGGUUGAUGUUUGUGGUGAGUGGGGGAAAAAUGAGGUACGUAUUUGUGUGGAACUCCAGUUCUUUUAAAUUUAAGAGAAGAACUCUUGAGUGUAGAUUUUGUUCUGAAGUUUACUUAUAUUACGUAUUAUUAUUUUAGUGUUGUGAGAUGUGUGGUAAUCACUGAGCGGAAAUGUGAAGUGUCUUUAAGUUUUUGGUUGGUGGAUCUGAAAUGCACUGGAAACUGAAUGCAGCGUUUUUACCAUUUUUUUGUGUUGAACUCAAACUGUGCCACGUUUAUGCACCUUUUUCCUUUGAAAACCUGAAACAGAGUUUUGUACCCUUGUGUUUUAUGCAUAUAAAGAAUUUCUCCUUACCAAAAUAAAAUCAGAUUUAAUGAA